AUGACACCUUAUGGAUCGCCGGAUGACGAUGUGGCAAUAAUCCAAGUGGCCAGCAUCCACCUGCACCCCGGCUUCUACCGCGAACCAAAGGGCCAGGGCAGCGUUAACGAUAUCGCAUUGCUGAAGCUCAGCAGGUCGCUUGAAUUCACGAUGCGCCGGCAAAAAAUUCGCAUCCCCGACUACUUCCCCGGCUGGGGCCACCCCGGUCUAACCCUCGAUAUUGCCGGCUGGGGACAACUAGCCCAUAAUAAGCUCGUCAGCGAGGAUUUGCGCAUGUACCAGGCCAAGGACCUUCCAUUUAGAGCUUGUUUCUUUAACUUGGCAAAGAAUGUCACGGGCAUUUGCUAUGAGGGGCCAACAAACGUUGGCCCAUGUCUGGGCGAUUCCGGCGCGGCCGUCGCCACUCGAUGGAACGCCCAGUGGGUGCAAGUGGGUGUGCAUAUUAUCGGAAGGCCCAAUUGUGAUUAUUCACUCUGGUCGCAUGCCAUUGGUAUGGACGCCAGCCAGAACUGCGGCUUUAUCGAAGAUACGAUUGGCGAACCGAUGUGCAUCUCACUGGGAAAAAAG